AAGGCUAUCACUUCUCUCUCUACUCUCUGACUCUCUCUCGCUAAUCAACAGUCAGAUUUAGUUAAAGAGGAAAGCCAUCAGAAUGAACACGCUGAUGGAUGCUGUACAUGGCUAUGGUGUGAGCUCCACACAAUAUCUACAGACUCACUACAAAGACGCACAGGGCUGGUUCCUGUUCAUCUCCAUUGCUGCUGAUCUGCGCAACACCUUCUUCAUCUUCUUCCCCAUUUGGUUCCACCUAAGGGCAUCUGUGGGCAUCAAACUUAUCUGGGUGGCCGUGGUCGGGGAUUGGCUGAACCUUGUUUUCAAAUGGAUCCUAUUUGGAGAGCGGCCCUACUGGUGGGUCCACGAGACGCCGUAUUACAGCAACACAUCUGUGCCACACAUCGAACAAUUUCCCAUGACCUGUGAGACAGGCCCAGGUAGUCCAUCGGGUCAUGCUAUGGGUGCAGCUGGAGUUUACUAUACCCUGGUCACCUCCAUCCUCACCAUCAUGCUAGGCACAAAGAAGGCAUGUUCCACUAAGGCACUGUACUUGCGUGGCACCCUCUGGACUCUUUUCUGGACCGUUCAGAUCUGCGUUUGUCUUUCCAGAGUCUUCCUUGCUGCCCAUUUCCCUCAUCAGGUCAUUGCUGGUGUAAUUACAGGUAUAAUCGUGGCUGAAAUCUUCAACAGGCAGACGUGGAUCUACUACGCCAGCCUGAAGCGGUACUGCAACAUCACUCUGUUCUUGACCGUUUUUGCCGUGGGCUUUUACGUUCUCUUGAAGGCUGUGGGAGUGGAUCUGUUGUGGACUUUAGAAAAAGCUCAGAAAUGGUGCGUGAACCCAGCCUGGGUCCACAUGGACUCGACGCCAUUUGCCAGCCUGCUUCGUAACAUGGGUACCUUGUUCGGUCUCGGCCUGGGCCUGCACUCGCCACUCUAUACCGAGAGCAAGAAGAGCACCAGCGUCCCCUACAGGAUCGGCUGCAUGCUCAGCUCUCUAUUCCUGCUCCACCUUUUCGACUCUAUCAAACCGCCGACGCACACGGCAGUGCUCUUCUACCUGCUGUCGUUCUGUAAGAGUGCCACCGUUCCGCUGGUCACCGUCAGCAUCAUUCCAUACUGCAUGUCUGGAGCCCUGAGUUUACAGAGCAAGAAACACCUCUAAAAGAACUCCCUAAAAGACAACUGUAGUGAAAACACAAACCCUCAGGGGUAUUUUCCAGCUCUCGUUCUUCACAGCACGUCUCUUCAGCUGUAUUGACUCGACCUCGACACGGACUUCUACUCGGUUUGGUUUCCACCCCACCAAAAAAAAAUAAAAAGACAGAAGACGUCCUUAAGCACUGUAAAAAGGCUGUUUAUUGCUCAGGAUUAUGAUGUUGUGUUUAGAUUACCGUUUUAUUUAAUCUCGUUACUCGUAUCUUAGUGCUCUUUAAGUGGACUGAGAACAAGCUUGGCGUCCAGCCCAAGCUCACAAACGCUUUUAGAUGAGGUUCGUUUUUAAGAACUGAGAUGAAGCACUUUGUCUUAUUUCACACAAUCCGACAGAAAGUGCUGCUUGUAUCGUAAAAUUUAUUUUUGUCUGUGUGUAUAUAUGGAAAUGCUAGAGGCUUUCUGUAAAAUUCUAUUUUUGAAAAUGUUUAUUUUUAAUAAAACAUUCCAAAGCGUGUGAA